AUGUUCGCAUGCAGCUAUGCCACCGACGCGAUCUGGGUCGUCGCGGCGGUCGUGUGCAGUGUACGUGGCGGCGACGCAGCUUUGGGCUUUCUCACCUCAAGCAGCAUCGCAUUCAUGAUCACAUGGUACAGUCUGCGGACGUACGACCGCCAUGCGUUUACGGCAUUGGUCCACGCGGAGUGGGGUAUGUGGUCGUCUUCAGCGCUGUUGGGAGUCGUAUCGCGCAUCGUUGACGCAAUAAUUCACGUUUUGAUUCCCGUCGUCAUGCUGAGCUCCCAUCUGGGACGAAUCAAGCUGUGGAUGAGUCCCGUGGGUAUGCUUGUGGCGGUCGCGAUGCACCGCCUGCGGCGGUUGCCUACGUUGCCAUUUCAUCGGUUUGCCUUUUACCAGUUUUUGCCACGUCGGUCGCCGCGUUUCUGGGAUGCAGCCUUUGCCUUGGACAUCCUCGUGCACGGCUCGCUCCCUCUCUUUUGCCAUGUCGCUGUCCAGCAACCCGCGCUCCUAUAUGGCAGCACAUUGUUCGUCGGUGGUGGUGUCGUGGGGCUCCAACUUCUGCGGUCGAUUCUGUUGCCAAAAGUCCGCGGUGCCGCCGCCGACAUCAUGCGUCGCCUCCUGGCACAGGGGGGUAUUCACGCUCAUGCCGCCAUCCUCGCUGGCGAUCCUCCUUCGGAAGCCCUGGCCAUCACGACCGCCCUUGCCCCAAUUCAUAUUCUUGUUCACGACGGCAACUUUUGGCUCGACUGGAUGAGCGAUGGUCUUGUUGCCAUCGGGGAGUCGUACGUAUCUGGCCAGUGGAGCCUGCACCCAAGCAGCACGGCGUCUUCGCCCGUCCAGUUGGACACAUUGAUUUUUCGACUCCUGACGCUUCCAGUGGAGGCGCGUCGAGAGAUGUAUCAGUCGUGGCCUGCACGAUGGGUGUCAUUGGCGACGCGAGUAUGCCAGUAUCCGUCGUCCGCCGCGUGCCACGUAAUCGAUCGAGUGAAAGAAGGCCCGUGCGACAACGACCCAGCAUUUCGCGCAACGUUUCUAGGCGCUUACACGUAUAUUGGGUGUGGUUUGUGGGCCGACCACGCUGCCGCCGCUACGUCCGCCACUGACAAUGCUCUCGACACAGCACAAGAACGAGCCAUGCAAACGAUUGCACAAAAGUUAGCCCUGGUAUACACUGACGCAUCGUCGCUGCUUCUUGACGACGAACGACUGCACAGGCUCAUGGCCACUUGGUCCUCGACCUCAACCUCGGCUCUGGCGGCGGCGUUGGGUGCUACUUCGCAGCGCAAUUCCAAGUCGACGUGAUUUCGAUCGUCUUGUCCAGGCACGAGCAGGUCGCUGCGAUGCACCUUGCGCAGCAACACAACAUUGGGUCGCGCGUUCAGUUUAUUCUGGUCGAUGAUGUGCAAAGUGUACGCUGAGCCACAUCCAUCCAUGUAUUUUGCAGCAAGUGCCCUUUCCUUUUGACCGUGACUCGUAAAGAAGGAGUGGCUGACGGUGCCCCGUUAGCUAGCGGACGUUGUGCAGGCGCUUCCGACUCGUUUUGAUGCGAUUACAGCGUCGAGACUGUUGGAGAUGUCGCCGGUGGAUUUGGCAAGGGUCCUUGGCGUCUUGAAGUCCAAGGUUCGCUGCGGUCGCAUGGUCGUCGAAUUCACGGCGACGCCGACGCGGGCGAAUACGUACGCGUGGACGAACAAAUACAUGGUGGCGCGUCCGAAGCCCCCAUUGCAAGCGCUGUCGUAUGCCGCGGUACGUCCCCACCACACCAUGGCAGCACGACUUUUGACCAAGGAGCAAGACAGGUCCGGACUGCCAUGACCGAAGUAGGAUGGAUCGUUGGCGACGUGACAAACUGCAGCGAGCAGUACGAUGCCACGUACGUGGCUUGGCAUGCCCGAUUCAAAGUGGCGGCGUCAACGGCGUCCUUGCCCGCUUCGUUUCGACGAACGUGGGAAUUCUAUCUUCUCCACACGGCAGCAUGCUAUCGCGCGCGCAACGUUCUAGCGUAUCAAAUGACCGUAUCUUGAGCGACUGGCGGCACCAAAACGCGUCAUGGGCCAAGGUGUCUGGCAAGCAAUCCUAUACGACAGCACAGCCUCUUGCAAGUACACCCUGGAUGCAUUUGAAUGGACCCGGUCCAUGUAGUUGCCUCUUCCCUCGUGCCACGUACUCCACGUUGGCAUUCCUCGAUGGUCGAUACGUUUUGCAGUACCACGUGCGCUGG